AUGGCGGGGGUGUCUGAGACCUCCAUGGAUGAAGGAUUGCGGCAGCGCAUCAAGUCAUCCUCUAAGGCGGAAGUGACCGACUCAAUGCAUUCAGGUGGCUCCACGCCGACCAAGCCCAAGGCCAGCCCGAUGCUGGGUCGUACGCCUGAUGGCCGCCUGUUCCAUGUGAUGGAAACACCAGAUAUGGUCACUUCGAUAUUCCGGCCAGACACGCCGAAAACGCCUUUGGACUUUGUUACCAUCGUUUCACUUCUUUUUCAGUUGCUUUUAUACGCUCGUCUCUCACGCGAGUCUGCCCAGGUCUUUUUUGUGGUAUACUUUGCCUUUUGGCGUAUCGCCUACAAUGGCGGCCUAGGCUACGUGCUUACGUUGCAAAGCACGUCGCGUUGGCUUGUGCGUUUGUUUGAGCGAAAGGGAUGGAUGGAUGCGGCCAAGUGUCCACGCAUUCACUCGUGGAUUGAAAAACAGCUUAAAGUCAAGCUGGGCGCCUCGUACGACAUGUCAUCUAUGCCGAUCGAUUUUAGUGUAUGGAUAUUUUUCCGAUCUCUCGUUGACGUAAUUUUGUUGAACGAUUUCACGGCCUACUCGCUGUUUGGCCUCUCACACAUGCACGGGCCUGGGCCUGAUGGAUGGGGCAUGCUAGCUGUCCGCUGGGUCAUUGGCCUGUUAUUCAUCCUGUUCAACGUAUGGGUCAAAAUGGAUGCACACCGUGUCGUGAAAGAUUAUGCAUGGUACUGGGGCGACUGCUUUUUCAUGUGCUUGCAAAACCUUGUAUUUGACGGCGUGUACGAGGUCGCACCUGACCCCAUGUAUAGUAUUGGCUAUGCUGGUUACUAUGGCCUAUCGUUGCUUACGGGCAGUUAUACUGUACUGUUUGUAUCGAUUGCGGCGCACACGUCACAACUACUCUUCCUUGUCUUCUUUGAGAAUCCUCACAUGGAACGCUUGUACGGUGAACGCCGACCCAUUGCCGCACGUAUGACAGCGAAGGAUGAGGCGCUGGCUUCAUCGCAGCGUGAAAGCACCACAUCAUCACGAUCGGCAUCUACCAGCUCAGCAUCCAGCGCGGGUCACUCGACGGUGGGGGACACUACGUCGUCCGGGCUAGAAUCAUCUACUGCCCCGACCUCCAUGCCAUCGUCCGCUACGUCCACUAUGGCCUCUAGUACUUCGACGUCCAAUACACAUGAUCUGCACUACCGCCUCUUUCGUUAUGAUGUCGUCCUGUUCUCCCACCUGGACCUAUUUCGUGCCUCAGACUUUUUGUUGGUGGUCAGUGUGAUCUAUGCGCUUGUGCCCCUUGUGCUAUCCUCCGUACGUGGCUCGGCAGCGCUGGUAUUGUUGGGUGUACAUGCCUUGCUAUGGCGCCUCUUUUACUCGUUUGGUCUCGGCUGGGCUCUGCGUAAACAGUCACGCAGCAAGUGGAUUGUGCGUCAUUUUCUGAAACACUACCACUAUGAUGACCCACAAUCUGCUGUCUUGGAAGCAUUUGACCAAUGGAAGGUGAUUUACAAUGUGAGCUUGAUAAUGACAUACCUUUCUUUUGCGACGCUGGCAUGGCACAGCUAUGUGCCGUGGACGAGUGGAUCGAUCCGACUGCGGUACGUGCUGGGCAUCGGCCUUCUUGCCCUGCAUGCAUGGAGUGCGCGCUCUUCUUUCCGUGUAUUGGGCCCAUAUGGUUGGCUAUACGGCGACUUCUUCAUUGACAACUACCAAAAGCAGCUGUCGUAUACAGGCAUCUACCGCUUCCUAAACAAUCCUGAGCGGAUCAUGGGCGGUGCUGCCUUCUUCGGUAUGGCACUGCUCAGUGGUAGUCCUAUGGUCGCUGUCGCUGCCAUAGUCUCGCACCUGUGUCAUUGGUGGUUCCUGCGCUACGUGGAGAGCCCACAUAUGCACCGUGUGUAUGGGUCCGCUGUGCGGCAGGCAUCCGGUGUCAGCAAGCAGCUUCAGCGCCUUGUGCCAGCUGACUGGCGCAAAGCCGCCCGUCCCAGCGUCCAGGAGCUUCAGUCUGCGCUGACCAAGGCACAGACCAUGGUGGAUCAGCUUGUACAACGCAGCUUGCCUCAAGUGGAGCGAUUGGUGGAUGACACACGUACUAUGCUGCAAUUGCAGGCCGAUCGUUUGCUGCACGUGCGCACAGGGGACGAUAUGCGCAUGAUCGAUGCGUCCAAAUACUCUAUCGUGCCGGUUGCUUCUGCGCUCACGCAGCAAGCACGCUUCCAUGUCGGUGAACCGAUCCCUGUACACUGGACGGCUGCGCACAAUCACUCGCGUCGCGACUGGAUUGGCUUGUAUUCGCUCAACACCCUGGCCUCUCACCCGGAUGGCCGCCAUGACGCAUUGCUUGUCACAUGUGUAUCCAGCCGUGGCAAGUGGGUCGGCGUAGCGGAGGAUGAAUGGGAGGGCAAUACACACUCUGGCAUGACGCAGGGCCCUCUGGGAACGCAUGGCGUCUCGCAACUCCACGAUAACGCACAGCUUAUGUCAGGUGUAAGUGUGUUCCGAGGCUCCAAGUUGCCUUGGUCCCCAGGCACGUAUGAAUUGCGUUACCACCAUGAUGGGACGCACGAUGUGCUCGCACGUAGCGAGCCAUUUACAAUCUAUGUGGACUCGCCGCAAGAUCCAACCUCGUUCACGGAGACGUACACGAUUCUCACCAGGUUGGUCCACUUUGCUCUUGCUGGCCAGCCUGCUAUCAACGAUGCCAAGUAUCAAUCGGCGGACAAGGACGAUCUCACGCUGUGGACCAAAGACGAAGUCCAGCACAUUGCUGAUGGCAUCCGGAGUGCUUUCCAUGUGGACUUUGCGAAUGAAGUGAUUUUGGCUAAUGCGAACGUUGCCUCGCUCUCUCGCGACAUUAUUGCCGCACGGCAACUCUUGCCUUUGUAG